AACUUUCCAUCCAUCUCCCUUCCACUUCCCCUCUUUUCCAAUCCAACCUCACCUCCACCUACACUUCCAUUCAAACAAGAAAAAAACAAUGGAAAACUCCACUUCCUCAAGUUCCACUUCCACUUCCACCUCCACCUCCACUUCCAUUCCCAACUCCCUAAGACUCCUCAACAAAUCCUCUCACAAAAUCUCCAAACAAUUCAUUCCCAAACCUCAAAUCCCCACUCCACCUCCACUUCCCUCACUUCCUCCGCCACUUCCACUGGUAACUUCACUUCCAACACCUAAUCCGCCUCAACAACAACCACAACCCCCUGUUUACAAUAUCAACAAAAAUGACUUCCGGGAAGUCGUCCAAAAGCUCACCGGUUCACCGGCGUUUAAUCUUACCGCCCCUUCCUUGAUAUCCUCACCCUCUCCUUCUUUAUCUCCACCCCCUCCUCCUCCACCGCCGCCUCCUCCUCCGGCGCCUCACCGCCCUACGGUUUCGCGGCUUCAUCGGAUCCGGCCGCCGCCGUUGGCUGAGCUGGGCCAACGGCCACAGACGCCGUCUUUUCCGGGAGUGCGACCGCCGAUGUCACCUCUGCCGCCGUUGCCAGCGGUGAAUGCGGCGGUUGAGUCGCCGAUCACUGCUUAUAUGCGGCGGCUUCGUGGGGACCCGCCUCCUGCGUCGCCAUUGGCGUUUGGGUGCUUUCCGUCGCCGGGGACUGUGGCUGCGUUGUCGCCGACUAGGCUUUUCCCGACCUCGCCUGGCCCUUUGGCUAGUCCUCAAUGGAGAGAGCUUUGAUUUGGGGAGCUUGCUAGGGUUUGGAGAAAAAGGUAUGU